AUGGAAUCAGACCGCAACUUGAGAGUCAAGCCCGUGACCAUUGUGUUCAAUGAGGACAGCAUUUACGGCAACCGAGAUGGAAGCUACCAAGGAUUUGUGGUGACAUCCAGAGACCGCUCCAACGUCUUCUUGAAGAGUCCACUCUUCAAAACCGGGGUGGUCACUGGAGUGAACAUGUUGAGCCGGAAUGAGAUGUUGAAGGUUGAGAAGACCAACAAGAUCUUUGGCACUGACAGCCGACUGACACGGGUCAAGAACUCAAGCAGGCUUGACAAAGCAGCACUUCAUGUUCUUCCUGUCAAGUGUUUGGGGCAGUUCAGGAAAUUUCAUGUUUUUCAAAUUCAAAACCUCAUGCCCUGUCAGCACCUGGCUGGAUCCAGCUUGGUUGAGCGUGUGAUGAGCAUGCUGCUGGGUAAUGAUGGUGGCACAGUAACUUACAAUGUCAUAUUGGACUUGCUUGGCUAUGAUGCAUGGCCGGCGAUAGCCAACAUUGGGCAUGUGGCACUGCUUGCCAUUCGCAGUAUGAGUGCGACUACGUGGCAGCAACUGUGGCUCAAGGGCUUUCCCAACUUUCAAGCAAUUGCAGGAGAGCUUCAAAAUGCAGCAGACAUGCCGGCUCCUAAGUAUGAAGUGUGCCUGCCCCUGCCCAAUGGUGACCUGGCCAUCCAGCAGUCGUUGAUCGACCUUUGGACAACAAAACGCGCAAUGUUUGAGCGUGAAACUUCGGAGCUGGUGGCCCAGCACAAUGAGAAGUACAACCCUCGUGGAAUCAAGCGAGGGCUGGACAGUGCAGAAGGGCCUGAAACCUCGGGACAACAGCCAGAAACCAAGAAGAUCCGCAUUGAAGAGUCCAUGAAGACAAGUGAGCAUGAAGCCAACAUUGCAGACAAGAUGGUUUUGCCAUGUGGGAAUUUCAAGCUGAUCUAUGACAAGGAGGCGGAUCAACUUUGGCCUUGCACAGAUGACAAGAAAGGCAAGUCCACAGCCGUUGGACCUGCUGAAUUGUUCAGCUUUGGGUCUGGUGGCUUUGCUUCGGGCCCUGAAGCCACAGAUGUGAUGUCAGACAGCAGUGGCCGGUGGAUCAACUUUGCCCUGCAGUCCGACAAGGACUUGUGCAUUGUGGAGGCAGAUCGUCGGCUUUCAGAGCACAUCAAGAAGGCUGAUAUCUUUGGCACAGUGGUGACCUUUGGCCAUGUCCUGAACACGCUCCAGAAUCUUGGUGAGGUCAACAUCAAAAUAUCCAUGCAUGUCUCUGAUGUGCAGGAAGCUGGUGGUAUUCUAUUUCGACGUGAACAGCCGGUGUGCUUCUGCUUGGAUCCACUGAAGGAUGACAAAAAGAAGAAGGCUAGCCAGCAUUUCACAUUGAAGUCAUUCCGGUGUAUUUCACAUUCCAGUUUUGUCACAUUCCAGUUAUUGCUGUUUUAUUGUGCUUAG